AUGAAUCUCUAUAAGAAUUUAACCCUCGGCCCGGAAGUUGUCUUACCUCACUAUUAUGUUAAAGAAAUAAGACCGUCUUUAGAAGAAGGGAGACCAGUGGUAGUCGAUUUCAAUAUUUUUAUCGUUGAUAUUAAUUCGAUAAAUGUCGAAGAUAUGGAUUUCCGCGUGGAUAUGUUCAUAAGAUUAAGCUGGACAGAAACACGUUUGCAUAUGCCAGAAGAUAUAUUUGAAAAAGGUGAUGAUUACGUAACAUUACCACCAGAAUUUUUUGAUAAAUUAUGGCAACCAGACCCUUAUUUUUUAAAUUCUAAAGUCGCAGAAAUCGCAGCAUUAACUCAUAAAUUUUUAUCAGUAACUUUGUAUCGUAAUAAAACAGUAACAUAUUCAGCUCGAAUGCACGCAAUUGUCGCCUGUCAAAUGGAAUUUCAACUUUAUCCAAUGGAUAUACAGAUCUGUCCUAUUUACAUCGAAAGUUUUUCCUAUAAUAGCCAAAAGUUACAGCUUAAAUGGGCUGCCAAUGGUGUUACAGUUAAUCCUGAAUUAAAAUUACUACAGUAUAAUUUUGGCGAGCCACAAUUAUUAGAAGAAAUUCAUAAUUACAUUACUGAAAAAAUUGGUAAUUACUCUCGACUAACUGUAUUUUUUCGAUUUGAGCGGCAAAUUGGCCACCAUUUAAUUCAAACAUUCGCGCCCUCGAUUCUUGUGGUCAUGCUGUCAUGGUUCAGUUUCUGGCUGGGUCUAGACGCGAUUCCGGGACGAGUGACGUUACUUGUUACGAGUAUGUUAACACUGGUAACGAUGUUUACUGGUCUAAAAAGUGACAUACCACCUGUAGCCUAUGUAAAAGCACUUGAUCUAUGGAUGGCAGGGUGUAUGAUAUUUGUGUUUGCGUCAUUGAGUGAAUUCGUUGUUGUUAAAGUUAUUGACGGCCGUCAAAAACAAUUAGAAUUACAAUUAAAUAAUCUACGUAAUUAUAGGGCAUCAGUGGAACGUAGCGUAUCAAUAUGGGACUACGAAGCUUCUCUUGACAUAGAAUCAAAUCGUAAACGUACUGGCAGUAAAGAUUUAUUACAACGGACUUGGCUCGAUCCUGAGCCACUGCGACCCAAGCGGACUUUAUCCAAAAAAAUAGACUACUACAGCCGUGUCAUUUUCCCUUCACUCUUUUUAUUAUUUACGAUUCUCUACUGGCCCAUUGUAAUUUUAAAAAAACAUAAUUGAAUUUUACAGUUAAUUUUGU